AUGGCAAAUCGAAAUUUGAAGCAGGUUAAAAUUCAAAAUAAUUCAGGCCCAUCUAAUAUGAAAGGUUCAAAGCGUGAGUUCGAGACGUCCGAGCAAGCAAAGCUGCAGGAUCAGGACCUGGCUCAUCCAAACAUGGAGGAAAUAAUGGCGACUGGCGGUGAAACCGGCGAUAGGGAAUGUAUCGGUCUUACUUUGGAUUUAAAAAAUUUCAGGAAGCCCGGUGAGAAGACCUUUACUCAACGCUGUCGUUUGUUUGUGGGUAAUUUGCCCACCGAUAUAACAGAAGACGAUUUCAAGAAGCUGUUUGCCAAAUACGGAGAAGCAAACGAGGUGUUUAUCAACAGAGAUCGUGGAUUCGGCUUCAUAAGACUGGAGACUAGGACAUUAGCAGAAAUUGCUAAAGCAGAACUGGAUGGAACUAUUCUGAAAAACAGGCCAUUACGUAUUCGUUUUGCUACUCAUGGUUCUGCUCUGACUGUCAAAAAUCUUUCACCAGUUGUUUCCAAUGAGUUGCUUGAACAAGCAUUUUCACAAUUUGGUCCAGUUGAAAGAGCAAUUGUAGUAGUUGAUGACCGUGGUAGACCAACUGGUAAAGGCUUUGUAGAGUUUGCAGCAAAACCUGCAGCCAGAAAAGCAAUGGAUAGAUGUACGGAAGGAGCCUUUCUUCUAACAACGUCUCCCCGUCCUGUAAUUGUUGAGCCAAUGGAACAGUUUGAUGAUGAAGAUGGACUUCCAGAAAAACUGUUGCAGAAAACACCACAGUAUCACAAGGAAAGAGAGCAGCCACCACGUUUUGCACAGCCAGGCACUUUUGAGUUUGAAUAUUCAUCUCGCUGGAAAGCCCUUGAUGACAUGGAAAGGCAGCAACGAGAUCAGGUAGACCGAAACAUCAGAGAAGCAAAAGAGAAACUUGAAGCUGAAAUGGAAGCUGCUCGCCAUGAACAUCAGCUAAUGUUAAUGAGACAAGAUCUUAUGAGGCGACAAGAAGAGCUGAGACGUUUGGAAGAGCUGAGAAAUCAAGAACUUCAGAAGCGCAAGCAGAUUGAAAUGAGGCAUGAAGAAGAGAGAAGACGAAGAGAGGAAGAAAUGUUGCGUCAACGAGAACAAGAAGAAAUGAGGAGACAGCAAGAUGGGUUCAAACCAAAUUUUAUCGAUAAUAGAGAACAGGAAAUGAGAAUGAGUGAUAUGGGUGCACGUGGAGCCAUUAAUGUGGGAGAUACAUAUAGCCCAGCGGCUGCUAGUAACCAAGGCCCUGCGCAAAUGAUGAAUAUGAAUAUGAACAACAGAGCAGCAAUGCCUGGCACUACUACUACUACUCCUACUACUAUGGGACCUGGUCCUGCCAUGGGGCCAGAGGGAACGGCAAACUUGGGAUCGCAGAUGAUGCCAGAUAAUGGAACAAUGCGCAAUGACCGAUUCCAGCCUCCUGCCCCACCACAAAUGGGCUCCCCAUUGGUUGGCAGGUCUGGAGCUGAAGCUCCACAGGCAGCUAUGGUGGCUGCUGGGUCUGUGGGAGGUGGAUCCACUGGCUUUGGUAGAGGAAGCCAAGGAGGAAACUUUGAUGGACCCAACAAACGGCGUAGAUAUUAGAUCUUGAUCUGUCUUUUGACCAUUCCUUUUUAGAUUAAUGUAGACAUAAUCCAAAAUAUGUAUGAAGUUUUUACUUAUUGUUAUAGUCAUGUUUUUGUUUUUUUUUUGUUUGUUUUUUUUUUGUAACCUUGUGAAAGUAUAUGAGGCUUUGAGUAGGAGGGAUUUUUUUUUUUUUUUUAUAAGUCGUCACUACUCAAAGUAUGAAUAUGCUAUAAUCUGAAGUCUUUUAUUAAGUAAAAUUAAAGAUUAGAAAUUGCCUCUACAGUCAUUUCUUAAUUUACAAAAAACUUGUAGCAUUUCCUGUUACAUGUUCCUGAACCAAGAUAAAACAUCUUAGGAAAAUUAGUGUUGACAAUUAAGUUCUUUUAUUUAACAUACCAUUCUGUUGUCUAAUAUGAAAGUAUAAUUCACUGUACAUUCAUUUUUCAGUUUCUCUUUAAGUCAAGUAUUAAAUGUAUUUACUAUACCCAGUAGUUGGUAGAAUUAAAUUAGAAAAGUUCAUUAUCUUUAUAAGGGGAUUGAUGAAGUAUAUUUUUUGUCAUUUAUUUAGAUAAAGUAUUUAAAAUAGUAUUUUGUGAUUGCAGAGAUUAACCUUAAACAAAUGCAUGUUUCUGUAAGUUAGUAGUUGUUUCUCCAUUAUUGUACUGCUUUGAAGGUGGGUUUAAUUCUGCUAAUUUCUUGGGCUGUGCAUGUGCAAACACGUAUCAUAACAUGCGUCUCUAAUGCACGUGCCCGCCCCCUACCUCUCUAACACUGUGUGAAAUUUAUCUACUGUGAAACUUACUUUGCAGAUUAUCUAAAAAAUAUUAAAAGUGGGAUAUUUUUUCUUUUAACUUGAUUAUACUCCUUUUAUUGGCAUUUUUCAAUUUCACAGUGUUAAACAAGCUUCAUUUCACCACUUUUGGCUAAUUCAUUAAUACUUCAGAUGCACAAUAUAAAAUCACUGAAGGGUAUUAAGUGCCAGUUCAUUAAAGGUAAUGUUCAUUACAUAUACACAUGUUAUCUAUGAAUCAAUUUAUUGGAGUUAAUUAUGCAAGAUAAAUUAGCAGUACUAACGUGUUUCCAAAUUAUUUUUUACCUGCAAUACUCCACUUUACAUACAAAAAUAACCUUUUGCCAUUUUCAAACCUCCCACAUAGUGUGCUAUUUUUUCAUGAGGCUAAUGCUAAAUGAGAAGUAGCGCAGUAGAAAUAGUUUCAACAACUUAUGAUGUAUUGUCUUUUUUUGUAAUCAAACAUUCCCUCAUAUAGCAUUGCAUACUUUUCAGUUCUUGAGAGAAUUGAUAACUUUGUGCUCACAACCCUGCAUGUAAAAGAGCUGGGUUAGUUUGAAUGCACAAUUUAAACCUCUUUAUUUUGAAACUAGUUAUUUUUACAUAAAUGAGUAUUAUGUUGCUCUUGCUACUCAAGGUUCAAUGUUGCCUUUGUACUCUGUUGCUACUCUAGACACAUCUAUUAUUUCAGAUCAGGGCUGAUGGGUUAAACAUGUCUUUAGGCAUCUAUAGCCAGAACUUUAAAUCCACAAUUAAGUUAUUACUUAAUGUUCUGUUUGCUUUUUUUCUGACUUCUUUCUCCUUAGUAUGAUAACAAUUCUCAUUUGUCUUUAUUCAUUGGCAAAAAUUGUAAAAAUAAAUAAAUAGAUAAAUAAAUAAAAAUGUGUACUUUCACAUGCUGAUAUAAAUUUGCAGCUUUUUUAACUGUGGUAGAAUUUUGUGUGCAUAUUACUGUGAAAUGCCCAUGUUGAAAAUUGUUCUACCAAGCCACCAUGGUACAGUUUGCACUGCUGUCAAUAUUUAGUCAUUUCCAGCUUCUAAGACAUCACAUACUACUCUCACUAUUCUGUUUCUCACGGCACUUAAUUUUUAUUUUAACUCUGCUUGGCAAUAAAGCGUAAUUUUGUGACAAGCUGAAAUCUUGCCUUUAAGCACCAUAUUUCAGUUUCCAUAGAAGCGUAGACUAACCUCUUUAUCAGAAUCUGAAAAAUUGGUUAAAAUCCAAAGUUGGCUAGUUUUGCACCUCAAAAGUUCAACAUUCUGUGUUUUAAAUGGUUUUGGAAGAUCUUAUGAUCUUACCGCCGAAAAACUUUUCAGUGUUUUUGAUGGUGUGCCAAGAAUUACAUAUAUUUAAAAAUGUUAAUUGCUAAUAUCUGAAAAUAGGAAUAACAUUAUGUACUUUAAACCCACAAUUUUUUAUUCCUAUGACUUUUACUAAGAGUUCCGUAUUUUGAGUAUUUUCAUUUUAUUGUGAAGUUCUCUAAUUUUAAUAGCAUUUUUCAGUUUUUUUUUUUUUUUUACCAUGUUCAAUUUGUGUGUAUAUAUGUUGACUGUGUAUAAAUUUUUCAUCCUAAAUUUACAUGACAUACUCUGAAUAAAUGGACCCUUUUUGUUUUACCCUAAUGACUGUAAUCGUAAUAUAUUUUAAUGAUAGAAAUGUAUGCAUGCUGUAAUUGGCGGAACUGAGUUGAUAUUCUUAUAUAAUGAAUAAAAUUUAUCAUUGCAUCAUUAA